UAAAGAUAUCCGAUCAAAACGGACCAAUAAAAGCCCUGAUAUCUGAACCGCGGGAAAAUCCGCCGCUGCAGCAGCAGGGUUGAAGAGUUGAUGGACAGUGAGGGAGCUCAGCGUAACUGGAGUCAGAAGUUUGGAGAAACAAACUGCAUGAAACAGAUCCAGACCCUCCCACUCGAUAGCGCAUGCUCCUUGUCUCCUUCCCCAGAUGGAUGAUGGGAAAAAAAAACUUACCUGUGAAAGCGAGAUUUCAACCCACGUCACUUUGGAGCCAAUCUCAUUAGAGUUUCUGUGGUCCAGGCCUGCCUCUAACACUCACUGCUUCCACGCUGCUGACAAGAUUACUAGCCGAGGCCCUCAUGGGUCAGGACACAAUUCCGGCGGUUCCCCAUCACAGAGUCAGUAACCUCCCCCACCCAGUGCAUGGUGCACCUCUUCCGGCUGACUAAACUUUGAGCCCUGAGCCAGUGUCUGGCUAGUCAUGUUUCCUUGUCUCCUGGGCUUGUGGGAAUGAGGAGCAUUCCUUUAUCAUCAUCACAGCAUUAUUCAGAUGCCUGCCGUACUCUCCUGUCACGUUCCACCUGGUUCGGGGGUUUCCAUGGAAACGGUGCGGAGUGACAGCAUGAAGGCAGCGUGUGGUAGCGCGUGAGUGGGCACUGGGAGUUGUGGGGAGGAGCCAGUUCCCCCACUGCAGCAUCCAAAGAGCGGGGAUCUCUCUUCACACAAACACACACACACACAUCUGACCAUCCUCCUUACUGCAAUCAAAGUCCCUCUGGACCGAGUGUGUGCCCCCCUGCUAGGAAUCCUCAGUGUCUUAAUCAACCAGUGUUUUGUCCGUCUCUGGUGAAUCUCAAGCCAAAAUGUCUUCUAAGCUGCCUUCAGGCAAACCCACGUCCCCUUUCAGGAAGAGAGGCAGCCUGCAGUACACAGCCAGUGGAGUAGAUCUCCGUGUUGGCCGACACCUCCUCACAUCCCAGUAUUCUUUGCCUGGCAACCCUGUAACCAAGCACGGCCACAUUGACCUGCGCACAUCCAUGGAUGGCAAAUACAAAGAGAUUGCAGAGGAGCUGUUCUCCCGCAGCCUGGCGGAGAGUGAGAUGCGGAGCGCUCCAUAUGAGUUCCCUGAGGAGAGCCCUAUUGAGCAGCUGGAGGAGAGGCGGCACCGACUGGAGCGGCAAAUCAGCCAGGAUAUCAAGUUUGAGCCUGAUAUCCUACUGCGAGCCAAACAGGACUUCAUGAAAACUGACAGUGCAACAGAUCUUGAGUAUAUGAAAGAACAAAUCCAGGCGCCCGAAGAACUCUAUCCCGAGAGAGAGCUCGUCCCUGAGAGGGAGUAUCAGAGAGUCGCUAUCUCUGGAGAGGAGAAAUGCGGGGUUCCAUUCACUGACCUACUGGAUGCUGCUAAAUGUGUAGUCAAAGCUCUGUUCAUCAGAGAGAAGUACAUCUCUCUGUCCAUGCAGAACUUCUGCAGGACUACAGCACGUUACCUGCAGGAGGAGCUGGGUGGCCGACCUCUGGACCUCAACACCUUUGAGGAGAUGCCGGAGUCCUCUGCAUCUGCAAAUGCGACGGUCCACCCACCUGUGUCAGAAACCCACCCCUAUGAGGUGCUAGACCCUGCCAGCAUGCCCCCAGGUUUGGGCUACACUUGCAAGAUGGUGGAUGGUGUUGUUCAUGUGUACACGCAGAAUUCCUCAGAGCUAGACUUGCCGUACCCAGACCUGCAGGAAUACAUAGCUGAUAUGAACAUGAUGAUGGCGCUCAUCAUUAACGGGCCGGUGAAAUCUUUCUGCUAUCGCCGGCUGCAGUACCUCAGCUCCAAGUUCCAGAUGCACAUUCUCUUAAACGAGAUGAAAGAGUUGGCAGCACAGAAGAAAGUCCCUCACCGUGAUUUCUACAACAUCAGGAAGGUGGACACACACAUCCAUGCCUCAUCCUGUAUGAAUCAGAAGCAUCUGCUGCGCUUCAUUAAAAGAGCCAUGAAGAAAUAUCCAGGUGAAAUUGUCCAUGUAGAAAAAGGCCGAGGACAGACUCUAUUAGAGGUGUUUGAGAGCAUGAACCUGACGGCCUUUGACCUCAGCGUAGACACUCUGGAUAUGCAUGCGGACCGUAACACAUUUCACCGAUUUGAUAAAUUCAACUCCAAAUACAACCCCAUUGGAGAGUCCAUCCUCAGAGAAAUCUUUAUCAAGACUGACAACCAUGUUGAGGGGAAAUACUUCGGGCACAUAAUCAAGGAGGUGAUGGCAGACCUGGAGGAGAGCAAAUAUCAGAAUGUGGAGCUACGACUUUCUAUCUACGGCCGCUCACGAGAUGAAUGGGAUAACCUGGCUCAAUGGGCUGUCAAACACAAAGUUUAUUCAGAUAACGUGCGCUGGCUGGUGCAGGUGCCCCGGUUAUUUGAUGUGUACCACACCAAAAAGCAGCUAUCUAACUUCCAGGAGAUGCUAGAGAACAUCUUUAUGCCUCUGUUUGAAGUCACAGUCAAUCCCAGCACCCACCCACAGCUACAUCUCUUUCUGCAACACGUUGUGGGGUUUGAUAGUGUGGAUGAUGAGUCCAAACCUGAGCAACACAUCUUUAACCUGGAUAGUCCAAAACCUGUGAACUGGACGGAGGAAGACAAUCCUCCAUACUCAUAUUAUCUGUACUACAUGUAUGCGAAUAUGACUGUACUCAACCACCUGCGCAGGCAAAGAAACUUGAAUUCAUUUGUAUUACGUCCACACUGUGGAGAGGCAGGGCCUAUUCACCACCUCGUGUCUGGAUUUAUGCUGUCAGAAAAUAUUUCCCAUGGCCUGCUUCUGAGAAAAGCUCCUGUACUGCAGUAUCUGUAUUACCUGGCUCAGAUCGGCAUCGCCAUGUCCCCACUCAGCAACAACAGCCUUUUCCUCAGUUACCAUCGAAAUCCUCUGCCUGAGUACCUAUCCAGGGGCCUCAUAGUGUCUUUGUCCACCGAUGACCCACUGCAGUUCCACUUCACAAAGGAGCCGCUGAUGGAGGAGUACAGCAUCGCUGCUCAGGUGUGGAAGCUGAGCUCAUGUGACAUGUGUGAGCUGGCCCGAAACAGUGUGCUCAUGAGUGGAUUUUCUCACCAGGUGAAAAGCUAUUGGCUGGGGCCGCAUUGUCUCAAAGAGGGGCAGGAGGGCAACGACAUCAGACGCACUAAUGUUCCAGACAUCCGAGUGGCAUACCGCUUUGAGACGCUGUGCGAGGAGCUGAAUCUGAUCACCCAGGCUGUGCGUUCAGAGGAGCUGGAGAUGGUUGAAGAGCAGGGCUCCCUGUGCAUGGGUGCAGGACCGGCCGGACAUUAGCUCUCAAUUAUUCAUUCAGUACAGAAUGUGAGUGAAAGGUUGAUUCAGGGAAAUGUGGCACAGUCAUAUUGUGUUUGAUUCCACUGGUGUUCAACUAAAUUUUUUUUAUUUGACUUUAUUUAGGUAUUUGCUAGAAAUGUACUGUUGUUUUUUGGUUGUGAAGUGCAGGUUUAAAGGCCUCGUUGCUAGGAAGCAAAGAUAAUUUGAACAAAGGAAAUGCCAGUGUUGUGUUUGACAAAAGCACAUGAACAUUUCUAGAAUACCAACUGGAAACACUUACAGUAUCUUUGAACAACUAGAAGGCUCCAGAUAUCCAGUCAAGCAUCAGGAAACCCCAGAAAUCUUCCCCUCUGUUACUGUGGACCUUACACUGUCCUUUACCUGCAGUCCAGCAUGUAGAUCAGUGAAAUGGUUUACACUAUCAUAGAUGAUAAACAUUUGGUGUUGCUUGUACACUUGCUCUGAACGUUAACAGCCAUAAACAUUUGUUCUUUGGCUACUGUGUGUGAGCUCAAGUACCUACGCACAUCUCAGCCUUGAGCCGUCAACAUCCUGUCAUUUUUAAAUGGAUUUUUAUCUCCUUUAUAUUCUUGAUUUUAACAGGUUCUGUUCUAAUAAGUUUAUUAUUGUGAUAUUUAUUUUAUAGUGAGUGGUUGUAUCCUUUGUCAUUUGGCCAUUUCUAUGUGUGUCUGUAAUUGAAUAAUUAUUAGUGCUAUUUAUUGUAAAUCAGACAUGAUAUCAAAGUGAAGUUUAUUUUUCCGCUGUAUUCUGUAUCUCAAAAUUAAAAUAUAAUUCUGA